GUCUUGUAGCCACGCACUUGUUCUCUUUAUCACAGUGCCCUCUCGCUCUCUGCAACAACACUCUUAAUAUAUAUAUAUAUAUAUUCAUCAAUCCCUAUCUCUCAUCGAAUUCUCUUCCGAUCGUCUUUUUUUCUUCCCGCGGUUUCUUGCGUUUCCGGUCAGUUUGCGGCACCGUGUUUUGUUAUUUGGUUGAAUGAUCAAACGAUUUGGUUUUUUAUCCUGAUUCGAUUGCAUUCUGAUUGAGCUGCUAUGUUUGAGAAAUCGUGUGUGGAAUUGUGUUGAUUUGUUCUGGGAAUUUAAUUAGUUUCUGGAAUUUUGCCGAUUGUUUUGGUGUUUUCAUGAAAAGUUUGCUACUGGAAUUUGGGAUUAUCUCAAAGCUUAUUCAAUACUUGAAUUAUUGAAUCAUUUUUGUUAUCUCUGUGUUUAUAAUUUGGAAACAAUCAUAAUCUCAGGGAAUUAUUGCUUAAUGGUUGAGAAGCAAGAAGAAAUGAAUGAGUUUGGUGCUGUCAAUGGUGGGAAAGUGGGGACGUCUUCUUCAGUGUCACCACCGCAAGAUAAAGGAAGGAAGAACAAGAGAAAGUUAGCUGAUCCUUCUCCACAAAAUGCUGCUUCUUUGACUGAGUUCCCUCGAUAUGAGUUACAUUCGUUCAAAUCUCAAAGCCCUUUGUGUGAAAAUGACUCCAACGGGCAGCUGAAAGCCGAAGAGUCUGAUUCUGUGGGAUGGGAUGAUCCGUUUGCUUGUCACCUUGAAGGACUAUUAUCGUCAAAUUUGCUCACGCUCUUUCGUAGUGCAAUGAAUCAGAUUAUGGAUUGUGGGUAUAGUGAGGAUGUUGUUCUCAAAGCUAUUUCAAGCAGUAGGUUCUACUGUGGUGGAACUGAUCUCGUGUCUAAUAUUGUUAACGAUACCUUGAGUUUUUUGAAGAGUGGCAAAAAAGUUGCUGGUUCCAGAGACUAUGUGUUUGAGGAUUUGCAACAGCUUGUUGCGUAUAGUUUGGUAGAGAAGAUAAGUCUUGUUAGGGAGGUUAGACCAUCGCUUUCAACGGACGAAGCUAUGUGGAGGCUGUUGAUUUGUGACUUGAAUGUUUUGAAAGCUUUUGAAGUGGACGCAGAUGGAUUGGAGGGCUCUUCGGUUUCCAAUGCUAGUAAAUCAUCGGAAUCUCCAGUUGCUGAGUGUAAUCCUCCAAAAUCCAGUGACGCAGAUAACCCAAAGGCUCCAGUAUCCAAUACUCAAAGCAAGCAGAGUGAGCCAGUCAAAUUUGGGAACUUCGCAAAUGUAAACAACUCCAAAAAUCCUCAUGCUAGUGGAGCAACACCUGGAAAAGAGGUAUUUUCUGUUUCCACUGCUUCUGGUGAAGGCACUAAAAGUGCAUCCCUGACUUCUGUUUCUGAUGAAAAAUUAGUAUCUUGUCGAAAAGGCCGCACCAAAAAAGAAAUGGCCAUGCUACGGCAGAAAUCAUGCGUGGAGAAGAUUAGAACUUAUAGCAAAGGCGGUGGCUAUAAGACGGCAAAGUUUGGUGGUUUCCUUGUGGAGAAAAGAGGCAAAUCAGCUUCUGAUUUACUUUCCGCACAGGCAAGAAAUUCUUCAUCAAAGAUUACAACAGAGGUUAUGAAAAUUCCUUUAGCUGAGAGUAGCAGCACUCUCUCAAACAGUACUAAGUCAGAUUCGCCUGCAUUAGAUGUUAAGGAGCAUGUUACUGCAUUACCUGCUAAUAAUGCUCCAGCACCAGUAGCUUCAGAAAAGAAGUCCGGUUCUGAGCCUGAAGAAAAGCCUUCUGUGUCUACGAAACCAGCACCAGAUUACUAUGCUGCAAUCCCAUACGAUGCAACUCUGGGAAUAUAUAUUCCCCGGAAUAAAAGAGAUGAAUUGAUUUUAAAGCUAGUUCCCCGAAUGAAAGAUCUGCAGAAAGAAUUGCAGGAUUGGACUGACUGGGCUAAUCAGAAAGUAAAACAGGCUACUGUUAGACUUCUUAAGGACCAACCAGAGCUUAAGGCACUAAGAAAAGAGAAAGAAGAGGCAGAAGAGUUCAGAAAAGAGAAGCAGUUAUUGGAAGAAAACACUAUUAAAAGGAGAUCUGAAAUGGAGUUGGCCUUGAAUAACGCAACCAACCAGCUUGAGAGAACUAACAACACAAUUCGCAGGCUCGAGCUGGAACAAUCUCUGUUAAAGAGAGAGAGGGAAGCUGCUAAUAUAAGAGCUUCCGAGUCCGCUGAGAGCUGUAGAGAAGCAAAGGAGAGAGUGCAAAGAUUGUUGAAGAAUUCUCAAUCGUGGGAAGGGCAAAAAAAUUUACUGCAGGAAGAGCUCAAGAGUCAAAGAGACAAGGUGGCAGGGCUGCAGCAAGAAGUUGCCAAGGCAAAAACCCGCCAAAACCAAAUUGAGGUAAUCAUUUCAUUUCUAAGGAAUUAGAGAAAUUGGAGGGAUAAUAUGUUUACAUCUGAGAGUCUACCUUUAUACUUCUUGUGCCGUGUUCUUUAAAUCAAGAACUAACCAUAGUAUUGUACUAGUAACUGAUUGUAGUCUAAGUGUGGUAGCUAUCAUCAAGAUGACUAAUGAAACUAAGUUGCAGGCUACUUGGAAACAAGAAAAGUCAGCGACGGGGAAACUCACUGCUCAAGCAGCUGCAUUAAAGAAAGAGAGAGGGAAACUGGAAGAACUCGGAAAAGCAGAAGAAGAGCGGAUCAAAACAAAAGCAGAGAACGAUGUGAAAUACUACAUUGAGAACAUCAAAAGACUUGACACUGAGAUCUCAAAGCUGAAACUCAAGUCAGACAGCUUGAAGAUAGCUGCUUUGAAAAAAGGCAUAGACGGAAACAAUGACGGUAACAAGAGUGGAAUGAAUCAUACCACCAACACAAAGGCAAACUCGAUGGCAUCAGCAAAAGUAUGGGAGAAUAAUCAGGGGGCAGAGUCGAAAAUCAAAAGAGAGAGGGAAUGUGUGAUGUGUUUGUCUGAAGAGAUGAGUGUGAUAUUCUUGCCUUGUGCCCAUCAGGUUCUUUGCUCUAAAUGUAACCAGCUUCAUGAGAAGGAAGCCAUGGAAGAUUGCCCGUCUUGUCGAGCCAAAAUCCAGAGGAGGAUUCAGGCUCGUUUUGCUCGCGGGUAAAAGCGCUUGGGUUUUGAAUCAAUAUGGCAAUGAAGGUUUUGCUUUGGUUUUAUCUCUUUGGACUGCUCUAUUUACAUCUAAAUUAUACACAGCUUGUAAAGAGUGACUUCACAAUUUGCUCAUUUCUAUAUAUCCCUCAAUAAUAAAUGGAAGAAGACUUUCCUAAACAACC